UUUUAUCUGAACUCGAACCUGAAACACUAAACACAUUCGAUAACAACCAGAUUCAACAGAUUUUGAUAUGCCUUCCCUAUUUAGGUUAAUUCAAUCACAAUCUAAAUCUCUCCCCUCUUAAUUACCUGAUUUUGAUUCUACGUAACUCCGCAACAAACAAAACGGAAAUCAUUCCCUUAUUUUACCAUAUAAAUAAUAAUUAAUUUUCCAUUCUCAAACCCUCGUCGAGUCAUCAUCCAUUACACCCUUUCUUCAAUCUCAGAUCUAAACCCCAAUGCUUCACUGGCUUUUCCUCAGAAAACCUCAAUACUUUUGAAUUUCCAUUAACUGCAACAUGUCUGGGGCCAUAGACAUGGAUCACGUCGGUUUUUCCAAACCCAAAUCAUCUCCGGCGCCUUCUCAGGCCACCGAUCACGGCCGCGGCGGAACCUCCGGUAAGAAAACCGCUUCAAUUUCAAUGGAUCAUGUUCUUUUGGCUCUGCGUGAGACUAAAGAAGAAAGGGAUCUUCGUAUUCGGAGUUUGUUCAAUUUCUUUGACGCUACCGAUGAUGGCUACUUGGAUUAUCCUCACAUUGAAGCGGGGUUGUCUGCACUUCAGAUACCGCCGGAGUAUAAGUAUGCUAAGGAGCUUUUCAAGGUUUGUGAUGCGGAUAGAGAUGGGAGAAUCGAUUAUCAUGAUUUUAGACGCUAUAUGGAUGAUAAAGAACUUGAACUUUAUAGGAUUUUUCAAGCGAUUGAUGUUGAACAUAAUGGGUGUAUUUUGCCUGAAGAACUUUGGGAUGCACUUGUCAAGGCUGGGAUUGAAAUUGAUGAGGUAGAACUUGCGCGCUUUGUUGAGCAUGUUGAUAAGGAUAAUAAUGGAAUUAUCACUUUUGAAGAGUGGAGAGAUUUUCUUCUGCUUUAUCCUCAUGAAGCAACCCUUGAAAAUAUAUAUCAGCAUUGGGAGAGGGUGUGCCUUGUAGACAUUGGAGAACAGGCUGUCAUUCCUGAAGGCAUCAGCAAACAUGUGCACAGGAGCCGAUAUUUUAUCGCCGGGGGAAUAGCAGGAGCUGCUUCUCGCACAGCAACUGCUCCUCUUGAUCGUCUAAAGGUGGUAUUACAAAUUCAGACUGGAAAUGCUUCAAUUAUGCCAGCAGUAAUGAAGAUAUGGCAACGGGAUGGUUUAUUAGGGUUUUUCCGAGGUAAUGGAUUGAAUGUGGUGAAGGUUGCACCAGAGAGCGCCAUCAAGUUUUACGCUUACGAAAUGCUGAAAAAUGUAAUUGGAGAUAGUCAAGGGAACAAGUCAGAUAUUGGGACCGCCGGAAGACUUUUUGCAGGUGGCAUGGCUGGUGCCAUUGCGCAGAUUGCUAUCUAUCCUUUGGAUCUAAUCAAAACCAGGUUACAAACUUGUGCUUCUGAAGGUGGAAAGGGUCCUAGGCUUGGAACACUUACCAAAGAUAUAUGGGUCCAAGAGGGACCCCGCGCUUUCUAUAGAGGGCUUGUUCCGUCUCUUCUUGGUAUGAUUCCUUAUGCAGGCAUUGAUCUUACUGCUUAUGAUACCUUGAAAGAUUUAUCCAAGAAAUAUAUUAUUUAUGACAGAGAACCUGGUGCUCUAGUACAACUCGGCUGUGGAACUGUUUCGGGAGCUCUUGGAGCUACUUGUGUCUACCCACUGCAGGUUAUUCGUACAAGGUUGCAAGCACAACCCACAAACACUUCUGGUGCUUACAAUGGAAUGUCUGAUGUUUUUUGGAAAACCCUUAAGGACGAAGGCUUUCGAGGGUUCUACAAGGGACUCAUUCCAAAUCUCCUCAAAGUUGUCCCGGCUGCAAGCAUUACUUAUAUGGUUUAUGAAAAUAUGAAGAAGAGUUUAGAUCUUGAAUAGAGUUUGUUAUAGUUAUUGCCAAUAGCUAAUUUCAAAUGUUGUAUAGGAUGUCUUGAAUUGUUGAUGGUGACAAAAAAAGAGCGAUUAACUAAUCGUGUAGGAACUAAAACAAGUAGUGAUUCUUCGAGGGUGUUAGAACAUGAUUUGUAGUCAGAAAGUUUUUCCCCAUGCUUAUCUGAACUAAAUGAUUGAGAAAUUAGGAUUGCGUUCUAUAUAUACCAAGUUAUUAGGCAGUGUCCAUUGCAUAUGUAAUUUGCUGGCUAUUAAUUUCUUAUAGAAAAAAUUGAAUAUAUCAUUAACAGACAGAUUGGCGCAUGACUUUGUAAUGGUGGAUAUCAUUGAUGGA